GAGGUACCGAGCGGUGCGGAGCGAGGACGCAGGACAUCCCGGAGGCCAGCAUCAGCAUGUCAGUACCGCCCCCUCCUCACUUGCUGCCUGAGGAGAACCCUUGUGGUCUGAGAUGCCACUGUCUGGUGACUGUGAUCUUAACCUCCAGCCUGACACUGCACCACCUGCAGCCUAGCAGGAGUUGACCUCGGCUCCCAGUCUGACUCGGCUGAGCCUGGAUCCUAUGUGCAGGCAAGAGCUGACUCUAAACCCUGGCCCAGCCAAGCUGACCCCUACCCUGAACCCUACACACCGGAUGGAGUUGAUCCUGAGUACCAGCCCAGCUGAGCUGACUCUGGAUCCUGCAUGCCAGCCAGAGUUGACCCUGAGAUCCAACCUGACCAAGCUAAACCUGGAUCCUGCACACCAACGAGAGCUGACCAUGAAUCCCAGGCUGGCCAAGCUGACCUUGGAUUCCACAUGCCAACCAGAGAUGACCCUCAGUCCUGGCCCAGCUGAGCAUACUCUGGAUCUUGAACACCAACCAGAGAAGACCCCAGCCCCUAACCUGACUGAGUUGACCCUGGAGCCUGUGCACUGCCGACCUGAGCUCCUGGAUGCCUGUGCUGACCUCAUCAAUGAACAGUGGCCCCGCAGCCGUGCCUCCCGCCUGCACUCCUUGGGCCAGUCUUCAGAUGCCUUCCCCCUCUGCCUCAUGCUGCUGAGCCCUCGCCCCACACCUGAAGCAGAACCCAUUGUGGUGGGCCAUGCUCGCCUUUCACGGGUGCUGGACCGACCCCAUAGCCUCUUAGUGGAGACAGUGGUGGUGGCCCGGGCCCUGCGGGGCCGUGGCUUUGGCCGCCGCCUCAUGGAGGGCCUGGAGGCCUUUGCUCAGGCCCGGGGCUUCCACAAGCUACACCUCACCACCCAUGACCAGCUGCACUUUUAUGCUCACCUGGGCUACCACCUGGGUGAACCUGUUCAGGGCCUCGUUUUCACCAGCCGACGGCUGCCUGCCACACUGCUCAAUGCCUUCUCCAGGGCCCCCUCUCCAAGGCCACCCUGCAAGGCCUUAAGCCUGACUGCCCAAGCUGUCCCAAGGGGCCCCAAGGGGCCUCCAUUACCUCCACCACCUCCCCUGCCUGAGCCCUUGACCACCUCACCGCCAACUCUCUUAGGGCCCUCUGCAAAAAGCCUUCUGAAGACACAAUACCAAGACAUGAAAGGAUGCCCUAUAUUCUGGAUGGAGAAAGACAUCUGAGGACCACCUAGGGCAAGGGACUAUCUUUAUGGGUCAAUAGGCUGCCCAAGAGAGUACCACCAUCAGCCCACUGGCCAUAUCUCAGCCCCUAGUGCCUGGGAGGGCAGCUUUAGCCUGGGCAUACUUCCUGGGUUCCAGUGGGGCCAGGAGGUGGCUCUGUAGCUCUGGCUCAGAGUCAUUAGUGUGGCUGAAUAAAGGCUUUUGUUGGGUG